AAUUCCCCUACUUUCUCUCUCUGAAAUUCACCUCAUAAACCCAGAUCCAAAUCAGAUCAGAGCCUGCCUUCUCAUCUCUUUCACUCUGCUCGUUAAAACCUAACACCCAACUUUCUUCAAUCCUCUCUCACUUCAAAUCUCUCUCUCUCUCUCUCUCUCUCUCUCUCUCCAUUUCAUACUUUAACCGGUCCAUUUUGUAGACAUUUUCUUAACAAUUUUGAGUUGGGUUAUAGCAAAAACCAUGGGAAAUUGUUUAAAUUCUCAAAAGAUCUCAGUCCAUACAGAAGAAGAAGAGCAAAACCAAGCGAAAACCACCAUGGAAGAGGCACCAAGACCAGCUUCCCUCUCUAGGCUAGACCGAGAAUCAAACACCGAGUCUUCGCGAUCUCCUCUCUUGGAAGAUAGAAGCUCGGAUAUCGCUUCUUCACGAUCUACUCUCUCUGAAGACUGCAGCAAAAAUGACUCGAAGCCUAAGAAGGCGAAGAGGGUGAGGUUUAGCCUGGAGGAUGGUCAUGGUGAGAAGAACAAUGCUACGAAAGGUGUGGUUCGAUUGAGAAUAAUGGUAACCCCUGAAGAGUUGGAGCAGAUAUUGAAUAGCAGCAAUAAGGGGUUGAGUCAAUCAUCAGUGGAGCAAAUGCUGCUAGAAAUGGUGAGGAGGAAUGAGACUCGGCUCUUGGAGCUUGGAGAUACGCAGAGUGGUGGAGAAGGGAAGGAAAGAGAUGGGUGUUGGAAACCUGUUCUUGAGAGCAUAAAAGAGUGAAGCUGAGACGAGAGAUUGAGAUAACUCAAUGGGGAUUUGAACCUCCUUACUCUCAUAUAGAAAUGGAGCUUGGAAUUUAGCGUUACGAACCUAUCGUCAAAACACUGGCCAUUUAACCUGGGCUUGUUUCCUCUCUCUCUCCAUCUUUCUCUUUUUAUCACACCCUUGAUAGAGAUUGAGGUUUGUAGAGGAACCCAUCUCUCUCUUUAUGUUUUUCUCUGGUUCUCUCACUCUAACAUGGAGGAUAUUCUCUCUCUAACACAGCUCUGAUACAGACAGAGUGAGGUUCAUGGAUGAAACCCGGAACUGUAAUUUUAUUGUAUUAUAGUUUGAGAGUUCUAUUU